ACCAGUCAUCUGUCGUCAUCUUCUUCACGCGGUUUUCUCCUCUCUUUUACCAACUCUCGACUCAAUCCCCUUUCCAAAACCGAUCGAAUCCAACGAAGAAAAGAUCAAACUUCUCGAAAAAUCGAAAACCCCACGAAUCUUGAAUCCAAACCCAACUGAGAAAAAACCCUCCACUUCGGUUCUGUGGAAGAACUCCUCUCGAUGACGACGUUGCGAUCCCUUGUGCGGCCUCUCGAGCGGUGUUUUGGAAGCCGAGUCGGCAGCGACGGCUUACUCUGGCAGGGGGGGUUGCGACCGCACGCCGGCGGCGAUUACUCGAUUGCGGUGGUUCAGGCGAACUCAAGUCUCGAGGAUCAGAGUCAGGUGUUUACCUCUGCCUCGACUACUUAUGUCGGCGUCUACGACGGGCAUGGAGGACCUGAAGCUUCGAGAUUCGUCAACAGACAUCUCUUCCCUUUUAUGCACAAAUUUUCCAGGGAACAAGGGGGAUUAUCCGAAGAUGUGAUUAAAAAAGCAUUCAAAGAGACAGAGGAAGAGUUUUGCCAUAUGGUUAAACGGUCUCUUCCUAUGAAACCACAGAUGGCGACAGUGGGAUCAUGUUGUCUGGUGGGUGCAAUCUCUGAUGACACCCUCUAUGUUGCGAAUCUCGGGGAUUCAAGAGCCGUUCUUGGUAGAAAAGUUUCAGAGGACAAGACUAAAAGGGUAGUGCCGGAAAGGCUAUCCACGGAUCAUAAUGUUGCAGUUCAAGAGGUCAGAAAGGAGGUUGAAGCACUUAACCCCGAUGAUUCCCAUAUCGUUAUGUACACGCGAGGUGCUUGGAGGAUUAAAGGCAUAAUUCAGGUAUCGAGAUCAAUUGGGGAUGUAUACUUGAAGAAGCCGGAGUUUUACAGAGACCCGAUUUUCCAGCAACACGGAAACCCUGUUCCUUUGCGGAGACCUGCCAUGACAGCUGAGCCGUCUAUCCUGGUGAGAAAGAUCAAACCACAGGACUUGUUUCUGAUAUUUGCAUCAGAUGGUCUCUGGGAACAGCUAACUGAUGAAGCAGCCGUAGAAAUCGUUCUUAAAUACCCAAGAACCGGGAUAGCACGGAGACUAGUAAAGGCAGCUCUUGAGAAAGCUGCGAGGAAACGGGAAAUGAGAUACAGAGACUUGACGAAGGUCGAGAGAGGGAUAAGACGGCAUUUCCAUGACGAUAUAAGCGUGAUCGUGGUUUACCUUGACCACCACAAAUCUGCCACGAAGAGGCUGCAGAACAAUGGGGUCACGGCCCCACCGGACAUCUACUCACUCCGCUCGGACGAGGCGGACGAGCUGCGGAUGCUCCACACAAUAUACUGACUUUGAGAAGGAGGGCCUUGCUGAAAAUUUGUUCAAGGAGAAUAGUCUUGGAAGAUUCAGAAGAACUCAAGGAGAAUGGUGGGUGGGUCUUGUUCCUGGUAGUGAUUUGUUUAUUUAUUACAAUUUUAACUAUCACAAUGAAUGUUUUAAGAGUUUGUUUGUAACUAGCUCUCUUGGAGUAAAUUGUGAAACUCAUGAGUAUGGUAGCUUAGUUAUAUUCCCUCUAAAGUAUGGAUUUUUCAUUAGUAUAAGAAGCUUGUGGCCUGGUAGUGGUGACCCAUUUUGCA